AUGAAGAAGCUAGAGUCUACCAACAGAGAAUUGUCUAGCACGUUGAAAGACCGCGAUGACACUAUCGAAGCUCUGUCAAAAGUCAGAGAGGAGCAGAAUCAUCAGGCAGCGGAGAAGGCGGAACGCAUUCGCCUUUUGGAGAUGCAGCUCAGCGCAAUGGAGAGUCUGGUUCAAGCGACCGAGGAGAGCGAGGCAGAAGUGUACGGGAGAAGGUACCAGCGGCAGCCGGCGUGGUCCUCUUCAGGGGUGACGACAGCGGAAGCAUCUGAAGGUGCUUCGAUGCCAGAAGUGCAGUCUGGUCAUGACGGCUAUUUCCAAACUGACCUGCAGUAUGGCACACAAAUGGAAACUAGCGGCGAGCAGUGA